AUGCAGCUCCCUCCCACAGAGACCCCCGGCAGUACUGCGCCCAACGACGGCGCAGUCCUCUCGGUGAUCCCGCUCCAACCCUCUGCUGCGGUGGCACCCGAGACCACGGACACCGACUUCACCGACGAACAGCUGCGUGAGGCCUCACAGAUAUACCACAUAGCCCGUGCAGUGAGAGAUGGACGACUCGGCCCCUCGCCUCUGAGCCAACUGAGCGAGCUCCGGGAUGCGCUGCCUGCCAUCGAUACACACACCUCCGUGGCUACGACACUCGCCGCCGCCGACGCUGAUAAUGGAGGGCCGCCCACGCCAGCCCCACCGCCCGCCCCCGCCGCAGCUGCGCUGUCCACACCGACCGCAGCGCCUGCUCCCGUCGCACCGACCGCGGUGCCUGCUCCCGUCGCACCAACAGCACCGCCUGCGCCUGUUGCACCGACCGUGCUGCCUGCGCCCAACGCACCACUGCCUGAUGCCGGCGCGGUGUCUGCUCCUGUCGUGCCGACGCCUGCUCCUGUCGUGCCGACGCCUGCUGCUGCCACCCCACAGCAUGCUCCCAUUGCGCCGCCUCCUGCCAUGCCUCCUGCUCCCGCCGUGCCGCCGCCUGCUCCCGCCGCACCACCGGCUGGUCUCGCCGCGCUGCCACCUGCUCCUGCCGCGCCGCCUGCUCCUGCCGCGCCGCCUGCUCCUGCCGCGCCGCCUGCUCCUGCCGCGCCGCCUGCUCCUGCCGCGCCGCCUGCUCCUGCCGCGCCGCCUAUGGGGCCGGCUGGACUCUUUGGGCUAGGGGGCACCUUCGUGCCCAUCAUUGACGACUUCGACCCUGACGUUCCCAAGUGGUACGUCGUGUGGCGCGGUGUUCGCGUCGGGGUCUUCGCAUCGUGGGACCAAGCUUCUUCGUACGUUAACGGGGUUUCCGGCGCCGCCCACAAAGGACACACUGUCUAUUCGGCGGCAAUCAAUGCCUUCUACACCGCCAACUUCGACUUUUCCCUUCGGCCAUCCUCGGAGAUGGGGCGACACGCUAAACAUCACACGCUAGACGAGCGAAAGGCCGCAAAGCGACAACAACAUACAAAGGCUUAUAUGCGGAAGAAUGGGGACUAUCCAAGUCCGUUCCUUGGGCCUAUGCCGGUGCAAUUACCUCCCGAUUUGGUCGAACUCGCCCGCAUGCCGUUCAAGAGUGGCGCGAGCUACGAACAUACCAGUAACCUCGGGUUACACUCGGCGCCAUACAGUUUCCGAGUCGCCGCCACUGGCAGCCCUACUAUCCAUGAGGGUAGCUCGAGGCAAGGAGGCAUACGAAGCUUGGAGGGAUUCCUGCGUCAAUUAAAUGGCGGGCAGUUCGAGUACAUGGUGGACGCGGGGUACGCGAGGAUGGAUUGCUGGAAGGGCUCUGACGACAUGGGAAGGGCAUCAUUCAGAACGGAGCUGGAGGAAGAGAUUAAUGCUAGGUUGGUAGCAUGGAAGGCAGAGUAUCGAGGAGUAGAACCGACAGACCAAGUGCAAAAGAUCGCACGCGACAUAUACCUCCACUGGGGUGCAAAACACAUUUGCUGUCUAGUCAAGGAGAUAGAGGCGAGCCAAAAGGGACUGGGAAAUCUACAGGCGUUGUGGGAUGCGGUCCAGCUACCUUGGCAAUGUAUGAACAUGUCGUAG